CAUUUUGCAGCCAGGCUUCGUUCAGCGCUCUCAAUACUCGCAGUUCUAAUACUAUUUUACUUGUCCGUCAACGACGUCUUUACGUCCCCAAACACAAACCAGAUUAUUGUGUCGCAUACAAGAUGUCGUUUAAUGAUAAUUUGAGAUCCUUUAAUGAAAAUUGGAGUAUAGAUUUUUUAACACCGCGUGAUAUGGUUGCAGCUAAUUUUCAUUACACAGGCAUUGGAGAUAAAGUUAAAUGUAGUAAAUGUAACAUAGAAUUAGGUAAUUGGAAACAGGGUGAUGAUCCGGUACAAUUUCAUAUUCGUUUCUCUCCAAUUUGUUCAUUUGUUUAUGAAAUUUUGUAUACAGUUGAUGGUCGUUUGACCACAUUUAAUAAUUGGCCAGUCCCUUUUUUAAAACCUAUUAAAAUGGCUGAAGCAGGUUUUUAUUUCUUAGGCUUUGAAGAUCGUGUGAAAUGUUUUAAAUGCAAAAGACAUUUUGAUUCAUGGAAAAAAGGUGAUAUUCCAAUACUUGAACAUUAUCGUAACUCAUUUUUAUGUCCAUAUGUUAAAGGAUACGAAGACAUGUUUGAUGUGUGUGGUUUUUACCGUACUUCAAUUGCUGAUCUCCAAAUUAAUUUAUGGGCGAAACAAAUUGAGGAUUUGUUAAAUGCUGAGGGUAUUAUGUUAAAACUAAAACCUAUUAAACGAAGUAUUAUGGCCACCUUCAAUGCACGCUUGAAAUCAUUUGAUAAAUGCCCACGAACAUUGAAUCAAGAUAUCAAUAUUCUAUCUGAAGCUGGAUUUUUCUAUUCUGGUAAUGGUCGAAAUGAUUAUACGACUUGUUUUUUCUGUGAUGAAAUAUUAUGUCAAUGGGCUGAUGACGAUGAACCGUGGACAGAACAUGCCAAAUGGUCCAAAGAGUGUAGUUAUGUGUUAUUAAAUAAAGGCAAACAUUUUGUGGACCAAGUAUGUAAUGUGGAAAAUGACAUAUCCAAUCAACUGGAGUUAUACACGUUGAUAACUGAACAGAAAUAUACUUACCUUAACGGAUCUAAAAUGAAAAUACAGGCGACAAAAAUAAAUAUUAAUGAAUCACAAAUUAUCAAAAUUUUAUCUGAUAAAAAAAAGAAGCAUUUUUCUCAAAUACUAGAUCCUAAUUCUGUGCCAGAUUGUAUGCUUUGCAAGAUUUGUUAUAAGGAAGAAAUUAAAGUUGUUUUUGUCCCUUGUGGCCAUGCCGUUGCCUGCUUACAAUGCGCUUUUACUCUCGAAAUGUGCGCUAUAUGUAGAUAUCCAUUCUCAAAGUUAAUAAGAGUAUAUUUAUGUAUGGAUAAAAAAAUCGAUGAAGAUCUUAAACUGGUACCUUGCAGCUCUAAAAUGUCUUCUAACAACACACUGCGCUCAAUGCUUUGCAAAGUGUGUCAUAAAGAAGAAUUGGCCGCUAUAUUUAUACCCUGUAGACAUGUCUACACCUGUAUUAAAUGUGCGGAAGAAAUGGAUAACUGUCCUAUAUGUGCAGAAAAUAUUUUUGCUUUUAUUCAAUUAUACUUAUAAGCUUUAAAUAACCAACAAUGUGCACAUGUGCUUAUACAAUUAAAUUAAUAUAUUACAAUUACUUACAAUAAAACUAAACAUGUAAAGGUAGUU